AUGGCAGCGGCAGUGGGCAGUUCCAAUGGAAUCCUGCGAGAGACCGUCCGGCGCUGCAUGCGGGGCACGCUCGUCGCGGCCGGCUGCCUGAGCUGCCCGCAAGGAGCCAAACGUUAUUUGUUAACAGAAGAUGUUUUGCAAUUACAUGCAUUUCAGCAACAUAAGUUGGAAGUGGGAUAUAAACUAUAUGGCGAGAAAGACACAUAUUUCAAAACUAUUGAAGACAAGUUAGCGAAAAAUAUGCUAAUUCUCAGAGAUGAAUUGAAACUGUUGCUGCAUUUGUGCCAGACGAAAGAUGAAGUGGAAAUAGUCAAGAGGGUGAUAUACAGGUACCAUGCUGAGAACAAAAAUGUGGCCUUUGGUGGUUUCAAAUUUGGUCCUCUUUUUAUGAGGCUGUGUUAUGAAAUGAAUCUUGAAGCAACGGCACUGGAGCUCAUCAAAGACAAGGCUUUGCACGGCUUCUUUUCAGAAAGCUCAUCAUUCAAUAUUUUGAUGGAUCUGCUCUUUACAAAAGGUCAUUAUGAAAGUGCUCUGGAAGUGCUGGUAGAAAUGAAGAGGCAAGGUGUCAAAUUCAGCAGUGAUACCUAUUUGCUCGCAGUUGCGAUAUGCUACAAGCUGAACAACUCGGAGUCCAGAAGAAUUUUUACUACGUUACUUGAAGAGGGGCAGCUCAAAGGAGUUAAUAUAUCAAGAAGAGUUUACUACUUUGCAGUAGUAUUUGCUUUGAAACAGAAUGAUAUUUCCAGGGCUCGCUCCUUCUAUUCUCACAUCAUAAACACAGAAAGCAGAGUUUGCACUAAUCUGACAAUUCUUCUUCAGGUUGCAACUGGUGACCUAGAAGACCUUGUCCAGAGACUGAAAAAGGCUUCAGAGUCCAGUGUUUCAAGUUUUGUGAAAAAACCAGAGUUCUGUAUGGAAGUGCUGGCUACAGCCAGAGAGAAGCUGGAAGACAUCCCAACUCUCCGUGUCCAGUUUGAAGAAAUCGUCGCCAAGCUGCAAGCCUCAGGACAGACCAUUUCUCAGACUCUGGAUGACUUGCUGUGUCAGCCGCCGCGCACAAAGAGGCGCCCCAUGGAGCUGCUCAAGCUGAACCAAAUCAGCCGUCGGACUUUGAAGCCUAUACACUCUGCUCUCCUGGCUGAGUAGAUCCAUCCUUCCCCCUGUUAGAAUUUCUACCCAAUAAAACGUCUCCCUGGCUUAGAAA